AUGCUUGUUUUGCACACGCAGAAUUACGCUGGAUUUUGUCCAAAAUGCGAAUCUUUCAGAGAUGGGACGUUGAUUUGUUCAAGUAGUUAUGAUGGCCUUGUUCGAAUUUGGGAUACCGCUAAUGGCCAUGAGACCCGUGCUGAAUUCUUGCCAGGUAAAUUCACACUGCGUUUUUGCGCGAAGUUUCCAAGCCAAUAUUAA